AAGUGCGCUGACCGCGCGGGUCCCCCAUGGUAAGAGGCGGAAGCGCCCCCCCGCCGCCGCUCCGUCUAGCCCCCCGGAGCCGGGCGCGUCGGGUUCCGGACUGUCCCGUGUGACGUGGCUGCACGCCGGGGGUGGCUCCGGGCUGGGGGCCUAGUGGCGGGGCCGGGCGAGGCAGAGCCGGGGCGGGGCGCGAGACUGCAGCUGGAUGGCCGGGCCCGCCCGGAGCGCUGCAUCUGCUGCCGCUGCCACCUCUGCCACUUCUGCCACUGCGCGCACCCGGCAUGUCUGGAUGUUCCUGCCCUGGCUGUGGUAUGGCAGGGCAAAGGCUCCUCUUCCUCACUGUUCUCACCCUGGAGCUCCUAGAAAGGGCUGGAGGCUCCCAGCCAGCCCUCCGGAGCCUGGGGGCUGCAGCUGCCUGUCUCCUGGAUGAUAAGGAAAGCGAGUCCUGGGGGGCUCUGCUGAGUAGGGAGCGACUGGACACCUGGAUCUGCUCCCUCCUGGGCUCUCUCAUGGUUGGGCUCAGUGGGGUUUUCCCCUUGCUGGUCAUUCCCCUGGAGAUGGGGACCAUGCUACAAUCAGAAGCUGGAGCCUGGCGACUGAAGCAGCUCCUCAGCUUUGCCUUGGGCGGACUCUUGGGCAAUGUGUUUCUGCACCUGCUGCCGGAGGCGUGGGCCUACACCUGUAACAUCAGCCCUGGUGGUGAAGGGCAAAGUCUGCAAAGACAGCAACAGCUGGGACUGUGGGUCAUUGCUGGCUUCCUGACCUUCCUGGCGCUGGAGAAGAUGUUCCUCAGUAGCAAGGACAACCCUGGCCAGGCCCCCAGCAAAGACCCCACUGCUGCCGCGCUCAAUGGAGGCCACUGUCUGGCCCAGCCGGCUGCAGAGCCCGGCCUGAGAGCCGUGGUCCGGAACCUCAAAGUCAGUGGCUAUCUCAACCUGCUCGCCAACACCAUAGACAACUUCACGCAUGGGCUGGCUGUGGCUGCCAGCUUCCUUGUGAGCAAAAAGAUUGGGCUUCUAACCACCAUGGCCAUCCUCCUGCAUGAGAUCCCCCAUGAGGUGGGAGACUUUGCUAUCCUGCUCCGGGCUGGCUUUGACCGAUGGACUGCAGCCAAGCUACAGUUUUCUACGGCCCUGGGAGGCCUUCUGGGAGCCGGCUUUGCCAUCUGUACGCAAUCCCCUGAAGGAGUAGAGGAGACCGUGGUCUGGAUCCUGUCCUUCACCUCUGGAGGCUUUCUCUACAUUGCCCUGGUGAAUGUGCUACCUGACCUCUUGGAAGAAGAUGACCCAUGGCACUCCCUGCAACAGGUGCUGCUGCUCGGCUCCGGUAUCGUGGUCAUGGUGCUGCUUUCAUUGUUGGUUGAAUAACCACUGCUGACAGCCCACUCUGCAGAGCAAGCAAUAAGAGACUGAUUUGUUCUAUGACUGUGUGUGAGAGGCAGAGGGUGAAUGCUAGAGCCAGCCUCUCACUGGACAGAGGGUGUGUGGUGUGCACCUGCAGCCAGAGUGUGAGAGAGACCGACACUGUGAUCCCUGGGUGCAGAGCCCAGAGCCCAACAUAGCACCUGCCUGCCCACCCCACUGUCACCUAGCAGCAAGGAAUGCCAGCACCGGUGCCAGCACAGGCCUCACUUCUCAUUGACAAAGAAACCAGCCCAAGGAGCCCAGGGCUAUGGCCCACAGAGAGCCACAGCCCAAAGUAUUCCUCCGGGGCUCUAGCCCAAGACAGAAAAAGAGAAAAAAACAAACCCUCUGUUCACAUAUCUAGGCCCCAAGCACCUUAGAGGUGGAGGCUACACAACUUUUCUCUGCUGUUCAUUUUCCUUACCCUUUCUACGCCCCCCUCUACAGCCAAAGAAAGGGGAGGUGGUGCUUUGUAGCAUCCCCUCACACUCAGCACUGAUGUCCUACCCUUCCCAGCACUAAGCAGGCAGCUGCCCCAAGACCUCUUCCUAGGGGCAGCCAGCCUGGCCAGCACAGUGCUCUUUCUCCAGCACAGUGCUCUUUCCCCAGCACAUGCUCCCUGGCCACACGGGCAGCUCCAGCUGUCUGCAAGUCAGCAAGUAGUCCAGGCUAGCAGUCUCCCCGCCCAGCUCUCUGGGAUGCUCGUGCCAGCACAGGGUCCAGCAGGCAGGCAUGCCUCAGGCAGAGAGAAUUAGCCUUGCUGCCCUUUCCUGCUCUGGGGCCCUUGUCCUUGGGUUAAAGGAUGGGGGUGGUGAGGGCUCCACAUUGUCAGUGCUCAGGAAUGUGAGCUGGGAAAACAGACCGCUGAAGCCAUAAUCCCCGACUGUUUCCCUUGGCUGACGCCCAGGUACUCGGCUGGCCAAUCUACAGCCAGACUCCAGCCCUGCUUGCUCAACCGUGGAUGGUAGAGAAGUGGCCACUGAAGAUCUGAAUGAUUCCACGGCAGUUAUGCCGUGGCUCAUCUUUAUCUGUAAAUACUUGUUCUGUAGAUAUAAAUAAAUAUUACCUAGACCGGC